CGCUCUAGCCGUCUUUCUCGCUGCUCUGCCUGGAGGCGGGCCCACCCGCAGGGUCCCACCAAGAUGGCGGCGCAGAGGAGGAGCCUGCUGCAGAGUGAGCAGCAGCCAAGCUGGACGGAUGACCUGCCACUCUGCCACCUCUCUGGCGUUGGUUCAGCUUCCAACCGCAGCUACUCUGCUGAUGGCAAGAGCACUGAGUGCCACCCACCAGAGGACAACUGGCUCAAGUUCAGGAGUGAGAACAACUGCUUCCUGUAUGGGGUCUUCAAUGGCUACGAUGGCAACCGGGUGACCAACUUCGUGGCCCAGCGGCUAUCUGCAGAGCUCCUGUUGGGCCAGCUCAGCACUGAGCACACUGAGGCCGAUGUGCGGCGCGUGCUGCUGCAGGCCUUCGAUGUGGUGGAGAGGAGCUUCCUGGAGUCCAUUGACGAUAGCUUGGCUGAGAAGGCAAGCUUGCAGUCCCAGCUGCCAGAGGGUGUCCCUCAGCACCAGCUGCCUCCCCAGUACCAGAAGAUUCUUGAGAGACUCAAGGUGUUGGAGAGGGAGAUUUCAGGAGGGGCCAUGGCCGUCGUGGCUGUCCUUCUCAACAACAAGCUGUACGUCGCCAAUGUUGGUACAAACCGUGCGCUUUUAUGCAAGUCUACAGUGGAUGGGCUGCAGGUGACACAGCUGAACGUGGACCAUACCACGGAGAAUGAGGAUGAGCUCUUCCGCCUUUCGCAGCUUGGUUUGGACGCAGGAAAGAUCAAGCAGGUGGGGAUCAUCUGUGGGCAGGAGAGCACCAGGCGCAUUGGGGACUACAAGGUCAAAUACGGCUACACUGACAUUGACCUACUAAGCACUGCCAAGUCCAAACCAAUCAUCGCAGAGCCUGAAAUCCAUGGGGCACAGCUGCUGGAUGGGGUGACUGGCUUCCUAGUGCUGAUGUCUGAGGGACUCUACAAGGCCUUGGAGGCAGCCCACGGGCCUGGGCAGGCCAACCAGGAGAUCGCAGCCAUGAUUGACACUGAGUUUGCCAAGCAGACGUCCCUGGAUGCAGUGGCACAAGCCGUGGUGGACAGGGUGAAGCGCAUCCACAGUGACACCUUUGCCAGCGGCGGGGAGCGUGCCAAGUUCUGCCCACGGCAUGAGGACAUGACCCUGUUGGUGAGGAACUUUGGCUACCCACUGGGCGAAAUGAGUCAGUCCACAGCAGCCCCAGCUCCAGCCGCAGGGGGACGUGUGUACCCUGUGUCGGUGCCUUACUCCAGCGCCCAGAGCACCAGCAAGACCAGCGUGACCCUCUCCCUCGUCAUGCCUUCUCAGGGCCAGAUGGUCAACGGGGCCCACAGCGGCUCCACCCUGGACGAGGCUACCCCCACCCUCACCAAGAUGAAGAUGAGACGCUACAAGCUCUUUCUCAUGUUCUGUAUGGCCGGCCUGUGCCUCAUCUCCUUCCUGCACUUCUUCAAGACCCUGUCCUAUGUCACGUUCCCCCGAGAACUGGCGUCCCUCAGCCCUAACUUGGUGUCCAGCUUCUUCUGGAACAAUGCCCCGGUCACGCCCCAGGCCAGCCCCGAACCAGGGGGCUCCGACCUGCUGCGCACCCCCCUCUACUCCCACUCACCUUUGCUCCAGCCUCUGUCGCCCAGCAAGGCGGCCGAGGAACUCCACCGGGUGGACUUUGUGCUGCCGGAGGACACCACCGAGUAUUUCGUGCGCACCAAAGCCGGAGGUGUCUGCUUCAAACCCGGGACCAAGAUGCUGGAGAAGCCGCCCCCGGGGCGGCCCGAGGAGAAGCCCGAGGGGGCCAACGGCUCCACCGCCCGGCGCCCGCCGAGGUACCUGCUGAGCACCCGGGAGCGCACGGGGGCCCGGGGCGCACGGCGCAAGUGGGUGGAGUGUGUGUGCCUGCCGGGCUGGCACGGGCCCAGCUGUGGCGUGCCCACCGUGGUGCAGUACUCCAACCUGCCCACCAAGGAGCGGCUGGUGCCCCGGGAGGUGCCACGCCGCGUCAUCAACGCCAUCAACAUCAACCACGAGUUCGACCUGCUGGCCGUGCGCUUCCACGAGCUGGGCGACGUGGUGGACGCCUUCGUGGUGUGCGAGUCCAACUUCACGGCCUACGGGGAGCCGCGGCCGCUCAAGUUCCGGGAGAGGCUGACCAACGGCACCUUCGAGUACAUCCGCCACAAGGUGCUGUAUGUCUUCCUGGACCACUUCCCGCCGGGCGGCCGGCAGGACGGCUGGAUCGCCGACGACUACCUGCGCCCCUUCCUCACCCAGGACGGCAUCUCGCGCCUGCGCAACCUGCGGCCGGACGACGUCUUCAUCAUUGACGAUGCCGACGAGAUCCCGGCCCGCGACGGCGUCCUCUUCCUCAAGCUCUACGACGGCUGGACCGAGCCCUUCGCCUUCCACAUGCGCAAGUCGCUCUACGGCUUCUUCUGGAAGCAGCCGGGCACCCUGGAGGUGGUGUCGGGCUGCACGGUGGACAUGCUGCAGGCCGUGUACGGGCUUGAUGGCAUCCGCCUGCGUCGCCGCCAGUACUAUACCAUGCCCAACUUCAGGCAGUACGAGAACCGCACUGGCCACAUCCUGGUGCAGUGGUCGCUGGGCAGCCCCCUGCACUUCGCGGGCUGGCACUGUUCCUGGUGCUUCACGCCCGAGGGCAUCUACUUCAAGCUGGUGUCUGCCCAGAACGGCGACUUCCCCCGCUGGGGUGACUAUGAGGACAAGCGGGACCUCAAGUACAUCCGGAGCUUGAUCCGCACCGGGGGCUGGUUUGACGGCACGCAGCAGGAAUACCCGCCCGCCGACCCCAGCGAACACAUGUAUGCCCCUAAGUACCUGCUCAAGAACUACAACCAGUUCCGCUACCUGCUAGACAACCCCUAUCAGGAGCCCAAGAGCACAGCCGCUGGCAGGCGGCGGAACAGGGGUCCCGAGGGAAGACCACCCGCUGGAGGAAGGUUGGACGUGGCUGAAGGCUAAGGCUGCAUGAUCUCAUAGGGUGUGUGGCAGCUGGGGUGGUGGCUGCCCCUGGUAAUACCUUCCUGCCUUCUUCUGCCUGGUGUGGUGGUUCUUAAGAGGACCAGGAGUGAGGGGCGGGGGUGGGUUUCCCUACACAAGCCCUUGUGAGUCAAAGGUCAGGACUGUGAACUCAGAAAAUAUCUGUCCUGUCAGGAAAGGGAAGCGGGCCGUGACAUCCGCACAGCCCAGCCCUUUCAGCUGCCAAGAGCGCUGUGGCCAGGAGGUGCCACUGGAGUGCAUGGUGGUCACCAGGUAGCAAGGGAGGGGCGGGGGAGGGGGACGGGGGAAGGGAACCUGCAGAAGCUCAACAGGGCAGCCCAUGGGGGUGCAGCCUGGCUAGGGAGUAGCCCACCCUUUUGCAUCCUGGGGCUUUGGACUAGCAGUGGGACAUGGGCAUGCCAGGAGGGUCUGGGCUCUGUAAAUAGAUGCAUUUGGGUCCAGGAGGAAGGGAACACCUAGGAAGGAGGGAUGGGAGAUGACAUCCAGCUGAGAGGGAGUGCUGAUGGGUGUUUUGUAGUGUUGUCAGAAGUGCUGGGCCAGAGGGAGAGAACUCCAGCCCCUGCCCCCAAAGGACAGGCCACCACUGCAUGGAGAGGCCUGUAUCUGUCUCUGUGCUCCUCAGCCCUCAUGAGCUGACUGAGGCAUGGGGCUUGGGAAACCCUGGGGAGUCUUCCUUUUGGUUCCAACUCGACCCUGACAUUCCUCCUUACUUUUCUUUUUUUAAUUUUUUUUUAGUUGGGGUCUCUCUGUCACCCAGAC